GUGGCCGUUCCCACCGACACGCUGUACGGCCUGGCCUGCUCGGCCGGCUGCUCGGCGGCACUGGACGCCGUGUACCGCCUCAAGGGCCGCAGCGAGGUGAAGCCGCUGGCCGUGUGCCUGGGCCGCGUGGCCGACGUCUACAGGUACUGCCAAGUGACAGUGCCUGAGGAGCUCCUGAAAGACCUCUUGCCAGGACCAGUGACCCUGGUGAUGGAACGCUCCGGGGAGCUCAACAAAGACCUCAACCCUUUUACUCCUCUUGUAGGCAUCAGAAUUCCUGACCAUGCCUUCAUGCAAGACUUGGCUCAGAUGUUUGGGGGGCCUCUUGCUCUCACAAGUGCUAAUCUCAGCUCCCAGACCAGUUCUCUGAACAUAGAGGAAUUCCAAGACCUCUGGCCUCAUUUGUCCCUGGUCAUUGAUGGGGGACCAAUUGGGGAUGGCCAGAGUCCUGAAUGUCGCCUUGGUUCUACUGUGGUUGACUUAUCUGUGCCUGGAAAAUUUGGCAUUAUUCGUCCAGGCUGUGCUCUGGAAAAUACUACAGCAAUCCUCCAACAGAAGUACGGGCUGCUCCCUUCACAUGGGUCCUGCUCGUGACACUCAGGAGGGAGGACCAAGGACACUGCUGGAUACUAUGUGUCUGCCUGCUGCUGGUUGUCAGGCCUCAUUUGCAGAGGCCAGUGGAGCCAUGUCCCUAGCCCAGCUUUGGGCAGCAUGUCUUUCUGGACAUUGCAUACCAGAAACUGCUGGUUUACCCUCACGCUUCGUAUGGAGGGUGAGGGGAGUAGAUUAUAUUAUUCCAUAGUUUCAUAUAUCAGCCAAAAGUUGAAUAAAGAUUAAGAACAUUCCUAGGAUGGCCUGACUCUAAUAAUAGUUUUUUUUUUUCCUUUCUUCCCUCCUCCUCUUUUUAAUUGUGAAAUAUUUUAAACCAGGCAUAGUAGUGCCUGUGCCUGAAAUCAAAGCACUUAUAAUUCCAGCACACAGAAAGGAUUAUAAAUUCAAGGACAACUUGAGCUACAUAGUAUUCAAGGCCAGCCAGGUUACAUAAAGUAAAGAGAAGUAAUUUUAAGUAACAGAUUUAGAAGCUAGUGAGAGCUUCCUCUGGUGGUCCAAACCAACUAGAAGUGCUAGCGUAAAGUCCCAGGGAACCAGCACAAGGAUUUGGACUCUUGAAGCUGGAAUCUGGUUAGGAUAAACAUUGUAAAGCUAUAAAGCAAACUCUCCUUUGAGCCAGAAGACAAUCAUUUUGAUCUAAUGAUGGAAAUACUGGAGAGGGAUCCAAAUUAAACAAUAGCUGAAAACAAACCUAUAAUAUCCUUUUUAGCCGUACUUCCUUAUUUAUCCCUAGCAUAAGUUAUAUGCGUAAUUUAUUUAACUCCAGUGUUUACUCAGCAGCUUAUUCAUAUGUAUAUCAAGUGUUAUACAUAAUUAUUGGGCAUUUCGAACUUUUAAUAAAAAUGCUAUUAAACACA